AGGUAACAGAAGAAGAUUUCAUAAGCGAACCAAAAGAAGGAACCGAAAAAGUGGGGACAACAGUCAAUUCAAAUGUUUCACCGAUCAUCAAAGAGACGAUCCCACAAAGGGAGGAUAUCAACCCCUUUGACAAUGCCGGAGAUGAGUACAUCUUAUCAACAAACAUUAACUACUAUCAAGAAAUGGAAAUCACUGUCCCCAAAGAGAUAACAAGAACCAUGGAUGAUGGUCUAACGAUAAAUAAGGGCACUCCGGCGCCGACAAAACCAAACGCGAUAUUAACAAAUAACCCGGCUCACGAGAAAGAAGAAAUAAUGAGUAAACAAAACACAAGGGAAAACAACACAACAAAUAAGGAUAACGAAGCAGACUUCGAGGAAGAUUUACUAAGAAUCUCACUCCCAUUAGAGGAACCGACGGAGAACAUAUCAUCCACGCUAAAGCUUUAUAAUAGAAAGGAAGGAAAUAAAAUAGGAAAUAACGGAGCACAAGGGAAAAUAAAACACGACAGGAACCAUAGGAAACACAAUCACCGUAAUGGAAAUAUCACCAGCAACGGAACCAAUGUAAUAUAAAGGAUAAUCCACAAACGAAGGAAAAACCUGAGAGACACGAUACGUACGCUAAGCAAGGAAAACAAAGACCGGACAAAAGGAAAA